CUGCACCAUCUCAUUUCCAGUCCAAGCUGUAUUCAUUUUACAUUUACCUUUUUGAGUAUAUACAGUUCAGAUAAAACAGAGAGAGAAAAAUGUUGGGAGUGUUUAGCAGCUCGAUCGUGUCUCCGCCGGACGAGUUGGUGGCCGCGGGGAGCAGAACGCCGUCUCCGAAGCUGACGGCGGCGAAGCUGGUGGCUCGGUUCCUAGAGGCCAACUCAUCGGCGGUUUCCUUACAGAUCGGCGACCACGCCCAGCUGGCUUAUACUCACUCUAAUCAGUCAGCUUCUCAGCCGAGAUCUUUUGCGGUUAAGGAUGAGAUAUUCUGCUUGUUCGAAGGAUCCCUCGACAAUUUGGGGAGCUUGAAGCAACAAUAUGGGCUGGCAAAAUCUGCAAACGAGGUGCUUUUGGUGAUUGAGGCGUAUAAGGCUCUUCGUGAUCGGGCUCCUUAUCCCCCAAACCAUGUUGUCGGCCAUCUUGAGGGGAACUUUUCCUUUGUAGUUUUCGACAAGUCCACAUCUACUUUGUUUGUAGCAACUGAUCAAUAUGCCAAAGUUCCUUUAUAUUGGGGAAUCACUGCUGAUGGGUAUGUGGCAUUUGCUGAUGAUGCUGACUUGCUUAAAGGCGCAUGUGGGAAGUCGCUGGCUUCUUUCCCACAAGGAUGCUUCUUUUCGACAGCUGUUGGGGGGCUUAGAAGCUACGAGAACCCCAAGAAUAAGAUUACUGCUGUUCCAGCUAAAGAGGAGGAAAUAUGGGGGGCCAAGUUCAUGGUGGAAGGGUCCAGCGUUGUUGCAGCCACAAAAUAGAUGUUUUUAUGUGAAGUAUCAAAAUGUUGCUCCAUUUAUCUGUAACCCUUUGUUGAUUGAAAGUGAAAGGAGCUAAUUAGAGGAAGUUAGUGGGGGAAAGAUUAUGCAUGAGUGAGUGAGUCUGUAAAUAAAUGGAGGGUUUCACUUGUUUGUUGCUUUAAGUUGGAAAAUCAGAACCUAAUAAUGUACUUGUGUGAGGGCCUUUUUUCUUUUUUCAGGUUACUUUUGCUACUGUUUUUGCUUGGGCAGUGGCAUUAGUUGUGUAUUUAUGAAGUCUGGACUAUUUUCAAACUAAUAAAGUGGUGAGAUGGAUAUAUAUGAGAAAAUUACCUCCUACACUAGACAAUUUAAUUUUAAUUACAUAAAUAAAACCUGUUUAAAAAUAUUAGCAAUAUAGCAAGAAAUCAUGUUUAUAUUUGCAUCUUUACUAGAAAUCAGAUGGUAUCAAUGAUUGUAUUUUAUUUAUGGAAUUAUGUUUUGACAAAAAACGUUUCAACUUUUUGUGACAUUAAAACUCUUCAUCUUCUUCUCUUUC